CCUGGUUGUUUCUGGGCGGAGCGAGCAGCUUGCAGAACGCUGUGCACUGCAAGGUAGGGUCUGGUUCCCAGUUUUACUGUCCUCACCACUGCGGCCCGCACACAGCGAGCGUCAUGGACCAGCAGCCGCCCGACGUUGAGGAGGACGAUUGUCUUUCUGAAUACCACCACCUCUUCUGCCCGGACCUUCUUCAGGACAAGGUGGCCUUUAUUACAGGUGGUGGUUCUGGGAUUGGCUUCCGGAUCGCUGAGAUUUUCAUGAGGCAUGGCUGCCACACUGUCAUCGUCAGCAGGAGUCUGCCAAGAGUGUCCACGGCUGCUGGAAAGUUGGUUGCUGCCACCGGAAGGCGGUGCCUCCCUCUAUCUAUGGAUGUUCGAGUUCCCUCAGCUGUCAUGGCUGCUGUGGACCAGGCGCUGAAAGAGUUUGGCAAAAUCGACAUCCUUAUUAACUGUGCAGCUGGAAACUUCUUAUGCCCGGCCAGCGCUUUGUCUUUCAACGCCUUCAAGACUGUGGUUGACAUCGACACCAUUGGCACCUUCAAUGUGUCUCGUGUGCUUUACGAGAAGUUCUUCCGGGACCAUGGAGGAGUGAUUGUGAACAUCACCGCCACUCUUAGCAUGCGGGGGCAGGUGCUGCAGCUCCACGCAGGCGCGGCCAAGGCAGCCGUGGAUGCUAUGACGCGACACUUGGCUGUGGAGUGGGGUCCCCAGAAUAUCCGUGUCAACAGCCUGGCUCCUGGUCCCAUCAGUGGCACUGAGGGGAUGCGGCGACUGGGGGGCCCCCAGGACAGUUUGAAAUUAAAGUGUCUUUCAAACCCUGCACAAAGACUUGGAAACAAGACAGAGAUCGCCCACAGCGUGCUGUACCUGGCCAGCCCUCUGGCUUCCUAUGUCUCAGGGAUUGUGUUGGUGGUUGAUGGUGGCUCCUGGAUGACAUUCCCAAACGACAUCAAUCAAUUGGUAGAGUUUAAAUCCUCCUCUGCGAAGCUCUAGGAUCCCACGUAACUCCGGCUCUCUUCAAACACACUGUGUAGCUGAAGAUGAUUCUGAACACCUGAUUCUCCUGUCUCUACCUGCCAAGUGUUGAAAUGACAAAAGAGCCACUACGCCCACUUUUUGCAGCGCUGAAGAUCACUCCCAAGGCUUCAUGCAUGUUAAACCAUCACUGUAUCAACCGAACUACAUCCUCUGCCUCAGGAUACAUCUUUUGACACACAAACAAACAUUGUAUU